UACGAUAUAGUUUUUCAAACAGCGCUUAAAAUUCAUACGUCGACGUUUGUUUUAUAAGUUUUGUGAUAUAAUUAGUACAUCUACGUGUAUAUUAUACAAAGGACACAAGGACUGACUAAUAUUCAAAAGUAAUUUUUGUUUGUAGUGAUGCCAAAGAAGGAGUAAAAAAGUAAACCAAAAAUCCCGUUGUGAUAACAAAUUAUCUCCCUUGAACAACUUGGGAAGUUCUAGUAGUCAAGUGAAAGUAGGAUGACUUUUGUAAGAGGAUUUGUAUCUGGCGCUGUUGCCUCUGUGACGUGUUACGCAGUUUAUACUUUCGUUUUUAUAUCUAAAGACGAAGACAUCCCUGAUUAUUCACGAAUCCGGAUGAAAGAAAGUGUUCCAUAUUUAGAAGAUGUAAGACUACUAGAAAAACCCCGUGGGAUUUUAAAAUAUGGAAUUCCAGAGUAUGGGCCAAGGCUUAUUUACUAUAAUGACCAUGUUUUGGCAUAUGAUCGUUUGAAGAAGACACCUGUCUGGGUUGCAGAACAUAUUACACCCAGAAAUCUGAAUGGUGAUGCCAACAGAAAAAAGUCUAAAUUUAAGCCGGAUCCCGACAUCCCAGCACAGUUUUCAGCGAGAAAUGAAGAUUACUUCAAAAGUGGCUGGUCCCGAGGUCACAUGGCACCAGCUGGAAAUUACAAGAAUGAUCAGAAAUCUAUGGAUGAAACGUUUUUUCUCACCAACAUUGUUCCUCAAGAUUACAAAAAUAAUGCUGGCUUCUGGAACCGAUUUGAAAUAUACUGUCGCGAUUUGGCAAAGAUAUUUAAUGAUGUCAGAGUGUUCACGGGCCCCCUGGUGCUCCCAGACUUCAAGGAAGAUGGGCGGCUCUAUGUUACAUACCCGGUGAUAGGACAAAGUCAAGUCUCUGUACCAACACAUCUUUAUAAAGUGAUUGUUGCAGAAACCUCUAACACGAAUCAGACACUGAUUGGAGCGUUUGUAGUACCCAACAAGCCAAUAGGGUAUGACUACGAUCUUAAAGACUUUCAGGUCAAACUCGAAGAUCUUGAGAUAAAAUCUGGAAUUACAUUUCUUCCGAAAUUGGACCAAACGGCAAAACGUGCAGAUCUGUGUAAAAUUGAGAAGUGUCAGCUGAUGACUGCCAAACAGUUUGAGCUGUAUGUUUUUGGGCGUCGGUUACAAGGUGUUAAGAAUAUUAAUCAACUGCACAAGAUAUGGAAGGAAUUAGAGGAGAAAAAUCUAAAACCUGAUGAAUUCUUGGUUAAAUUGUACAAGAGAAAAAGGACAGAGCUCGAGAAAAAAAAUAAAAAAAAUGAACUGUAGGAACAAUUUUAAGGUGCUCUUAUUAACUUUCAAGAUUUAUAUGUCAGUUGACAACUAAGUCUGUUUAGGUAGAACUUAUCAUUUGGUUGCUUCAAAUUGGGAGAAAAAAAAAUGUUUGUGCAAUUUUUUAAACUAUGUUGUUACAUGUA